CUGUGCUCUCCUUCCCCUCGCCCUCAUUCUCGUCGUCAUGGCCAUCGAGCAAAAAACGAAACCUCAGGAUCCGACUGAGCCCCUCGUCUACCUCCACAAAAUCCCCGACCUCCCAAACGUCCACUGUCUUGCCCUCAACCGUAAUGUAGCCCGAAACGCGUUCAGCAAGCAGAUGGUCAAGGACAUGCACGCGCUGCUGAAACAAGUCGAGAGCGAUCGUUCCGUGACAGUCCUGAUAAUAUACUCUCCCCACCCCGUCUUCUCCGCGGGUGCCGACCUCCGCGAACGCGCCGCCAUGAGCUCCACUGCCGAAGUCUGCCAGUUCCUCGACAACCUAACAGCGAUGAUCAACGCCGUCGAGAACCUCGAGGUGCCCACCAUCGCAGCGAUGGACGGGCCCGCUCUAGGUGGCGGCCUCGAGCUCGCCCUAGCCUGCGAUUUCAGAGUCGUCGCCCCAUCCGUAACCAAACUCGGCCUCCCCGAAUGCAAACUCGGCAUCAUCCCCGGCGCCGGCGGCACCCAACGCGCGCCUCGUCUCAUCGGGCGCUCGAAGGCUAAAGAACUGAUUUUUACGGGGCGGGCGAUCGAUGCGUGUGAGGCGCGACGGAUCGGUCUGGUAGACUACGUCGCCGAGACAGGUCAGUCCGCGUUCGAGAGGGCAUUAGAGCUCGCCCGAGAAAUGAGCACAAGCGCACCCCUCGCCCUCCGCGCCGCCAAAACCGCCAUCUCCCUCUCCGAGACGCUCUCUCUCCCGGAAGGCCUGCACGCCGAACGACGGUGUUACGAGCCUCUGCUGGAGACGCGGGAUCGGCGGGAGGCGCUGGAGGCGUUUGCGAGUGGGCGGCGGAGGGCUGUUUUUGUUGGGGCGUAGUGUGAGUAGGGGGUGUGAGUAUAAGUAAAGAAAUUUUGGGUCAUGGUAUGGGUUGGGUGUAUGUUUAUGUUUAUGCAUGGGUAUAUGUAUCUCAAAAAUGACUGAGGGUGACAGAAUAAAGCAUGCCGUGUUGUAACCCG